AUGUCCGUCGACCUGGUCUUUCAGUCAUGGUACAAGGGCGAUGGUACGAAUAAAGCGGAUAUAGCGCAUAACGCCUUCAAAUCGGUCAAGAAACACUUUGAACAGAGCAAUUCAUUAAGCAGUGAUGAGAAGGCUCUUUUAGGGAAGAAGUCGUCGUUACAAGAAGUUGAAAAGGCAGUCAGCGAUGCUUUCGCAAAGUACGAAGCCAAGAGCGAAGCCUCCAAAACACGGAAAUGGUUAUUGAAGGCCUCUGAAUCAAUAUGCCAUUAUGGCCAAGUACUUGAUGUCUUUGUUCAGCAUCAUCCUGAGUACGUCUCCUUGGCCUGGGGACUGAUGAAGGUGAUGUUUAUCAGCGUGGUCAAUCACGGCGAGACACUCAAAUUAUUAUCAAAAUCUCUCUUCGAGGUGGCACAGCGUCUUCCACGCAUUAAACAUCUAUCCGCUCUGUAUCCGACCAAGAACAUGAAGACAGCCAUUGAAAGCCUCUAUUCUUGCAUCAUGGAGUUUUUACUCAUUGCUCACUCCUGGUGUAACGAGUCAAAGUUCAAACACAUUUACCACAGCUUCACAAGACCACACGAGUUGAGAUACAGCGAUCUGUUACAGAGGAUAGAAACUUGCACGGGCAACAUCAACGAACUUGCAACUGUGGGAUCACAGACUGAGCUUCGAGUUAUGCACGACACUCAGUCAUCAAAACUCAACGAAAUCAUCUUAAGUUUACAAACUAGUGAGAAGACUAGGCAAGCGCAGAUAGAUGGCCUCAAUUGCGCUAUCUCUAGAUUGGAGAUAUCGAGUCGAGACCAUGAUAGGAAGCUCAACUUGAUCAUGCAGUGGCUAGAGGCUUCUGGGUUGACAAUUAACGACUUGUUGACAAAGAUAGAGACUUUCCACUCUAUCCAGACAAGUGCGCAGCUGGAUACCAACCAAAAGCUCUCUUCUCUGCAGUUGUCUCAAGCAUUGGCAACCUUCUCUCAGAGCCUUGAGGACCCCAAGUCUUUAUACAAACACCAUUUGUUCCUCAGAAAUCGGAGGGCUUCUGGGAGAGGAGCAACAGUAACUACCAACGAGUUCUGGCUGUCCCCAAAACUCGCAAGAUGGUCCUCGUGCCCAAAUUCCUCUCUCACAAUCAUCAGAGGCAGCUUCACGACCCGUUGGGCAAUCCAGGACUUCGCUAUAGAUAUCAUACAAGCAGUUACCAUGAUGAACAUACCAGCUAUCUGGGUACUGGGCAGUGCAAACAAGACGAGCCCCAAUGCGAUGCUGAGUCCAGCCGAUUUGGUGAGGUACCUGACCUACCAAGCGUUGCAAAUUGAGGGAACAGUUACGACGGAAAAGCAGAUGUCAUUACGGCAUUCACAGCUGGAGGAAGCCAAGACUAGUCAAGACUGGCUUGCACUCUUCAGGUUAAUCAUGCAAGACUUGGGAGGGCAGAUCUAUAUUAUCAUUGAUCUUGCGACUGCGAGCUCCGGUCCCAAAGGAUCUGGUCAAGCCGACUUGAUCUCCCAACUGAACGAAAUGUUAGAAGGCCUGAGUAGCAAGAAACCACAAAGGGGAUCACGAACCAAGGUGAAGAUCAUAUUGCUUGUCUACGACUAUAAUUGGAUGAGCUUGAUCCCGAGGGAAAUUUAUGAUCGCCUUGUCCCAGUCAAGAUAUCGGGAACUAAAGGAUUACAAGGAAAGAGAAUGCGGACAGCCGUUAAUACACGAAUCCUACCGAGACAGAGAGAUAUACGUUAG